AUGAUCUUGAAAUUAAGCGACAACAAAUUUAAUAGUACUAUUCCAUCUUCUCUGGGUUCAUUGGUUUUGCUUCAGUCAUUGCACCUACGAAACAACCACCUUUCAGGAGAAUUACCUUUGUCUUUACGGAAUUGUACAGAACUAAUUACUCUAGACCUUGGUGGGAAUAUGUUAAGGGGAAGGCUUCCUGCUUGGAUUGGAACAAGGCUCUUAAAUUUACAGAUUCUUAGCCUUCGUUGGAACAAGUUCCAAGGUCGUAUACCCGAACAACUAUGUGCUCUUAGUGCUCUUCAACUUUUGGACGUUGCACAUAACAAUUUGUCAGGUUAUAUACCAAAAUGCGUUUGCAAUUUCUCUUCUAUGGUUGGAGGGGAUGAUUACCGUGGAUUUUUGUAUACAGUGAAUGGAUCAACGUCAUUCUUCAAAGAGGAUGCAUUACUCGUAAUGAAAGGUCAAGAGAUGGAAUACAUCGAAAAUCUCGUAUAUGUUAAUAGCAUUGACCUGUCUGGUAAUUUUUUGUCAGGAGAAAUUCCCACAGAAAUUACUAGUCUUGCGAAGUUGGAAUCAUUGAACUUGUCAAAUAACCUUUUAACAGGAGAAAUCCCUCAUGGAAUGGGUAAAAUGGGAGCAUUGGAGUCGGUUGAUUUUUCUAUGAACAAGCUUUCAGGUGAAAUCCCUCCAAGUAUGUCCAAUUUGAGUUUUUUGAGCCAUUUGAACUUGUCCUACAACAAACUAAGGGGAAGGAUCCCAUUAGGCACUCAACUCCAAAGCUUUGACGCAUCCAGCUAUGUUGGGAAUAGUCUAUGCGGUCCUCCACUUACCCCGAACUGCAGCAGAGAUGUUGUAACGCCCACAGCUGAGAACAAGAACAGAAAUGAAGAUGAUGACAAUGUAAUGUCAUGGUUUUACUUAGGCAUGGGAGUUGGAUUUGCUAUAGGAUUUUGGGGAGUUUGUGGUGGCCUUUUCUUUAAUAGAACAUGGAGGCACAAUUACUUUAGGUUUCUUGACCGCAUGAAAGACAGCAUCUAUGUGAAAACUUCAGAAACUACCUUCAAAAUCAGUGAAAGCCUGAAAGGCAUCAUCUUCUGCAAGGUACAAAAUAUUAUUGCUUAA